CGUCACUACUACACUUGCUAUUCAAAACAUGGGUUUCUUGUGUCUUAUCCUUGUGGUAACCAUCACAACCUCCUUAGCAUUUCCGAUCAACCACCAAAACUACUUGGUAUUGCCUCAUUCCCUUCAAGGCUCCGGCGCAUGCUUAAGCUGGCGGGUGGGCGUCGAGGCAAACAACAUCCGCGCUUGGACCCAAGUUCCCACAAAAUGCGUAGACUAUAUAGGCAGUUACAUGACCGGAUCACAGUACCGUCAGGACUGUAAUCUUGUAUGUAACGAAGCCUAUAACUACGCGAAACGCCUUAACCUUACCAAUGACGGCAAGGACGUUUGGGUUUUCGACGUAGAUGAUACCAUACUCUCCAAUAUCCCUUAUUUCAGUGCCGAAAACAAUUGGCAGGGGGUGAUUAAUACGACGUCGUUUGCUGAAUGGGCCGAGAAAGGAGAGGCUCCCGCGAUACCAGCGGCUCUAAAAUUGUACAAAAAACUUAUAAAGCUGGGAUUUAAGAUUGUGUUUCUCACUGGAAUGUAUGAACAAUACACGGAUAUUCGUAUCGAAAAUCUUAAGGCAACUGGUUAUACUGAAUGGGAGAAGCUCAUCCUAAGGGGAGACAAUGAUGAAGCUAGUGCAGUGGAGUACAAAUCAAGCAUAAGAAAAGAGUUGGAAGAGGGUGGAUACAGAAUUAGAGGUAACAUGGGUGAUCAAUGGAGUGAUUUGGUCGGUACCAACACCGGAGAUCGUACCUUUAAGAUGCCCAAUCCUUUGUACUACGUCCCUUAGUUCACAUGAUGACAUCUUCAUUGAAUAAUUGGUGCUUCAAGUUUCUAGUUGGUGUGAGUGAGUGAGUUUGUAUGUAUAAAUAAGACUUGUUCAAAGUCAAGAGUAAACUAAGCUUAGUUUAUGUAGUGUAUGUAGAUUGUAGAAGCACUUUUAUGUAGUAUUUAAGAAGCACUUGUUAUGUUUUAUCAUUA